UCAGGGACAAGGUCACUAAGGAAAAAAUCACAGUAACAUUAUCUUCAAGUGAAGUUGGAUCGACAAGCCUAAACCAGUUCAGUAUUCAAAUAUUAAUUUAAUUUCCUCAUGAGAGAAGCCAUUGUUUGCCAUUGCUAUAUCCGUGCUUGAAGAUUGUUUUCCAUGGCGUAUUAUGCUGCUCUUGCUUCUCUUGUGCAUUUACUUGAGGAUAUAGUCCUUCAUGAUCGAUACCCCGACUUCCUUCUUGCUAACCACCCAAUCUUGAAAUCACUCCUUGAUAAAUUCAGCUUUCUUGAAGAAUCACUGCAAGAUUAUUCAUCCAAAGGCGACGAAGCCGGUGACUGUGUGGAAGCACGCAUAAGAGAUGCGGCGUAUCGAGCACAGGAUAUUAUUGAAUUGAAGAUCACAGAUCAUAUGGAUUCCAUAUCAAGUGCAGAUGUAAACAUAUUUUCCCAUCAGAUUUCUGGUUGCCAGAAUGUGUUGGAAAGUCCGAGAGAAGAGGAGUGUGAAGAAGAGCUGUAUCAGGUGGAGCAAGAGGCUGAUUCAAUUGUGGAGGAACUUAAGAAGUUCGCCAUCGGGGAAAGCCACAAAACAAGUGAAGAUUUGCAGCUAAGCCAGUAUUCUACAACUGCCAGAGUUUCGAGAAAUGAUGUUAUGGUGGGAUUUGAGGAAUAUCUGAUCAAAAUUAAAGAUCAGCUCUGCGGGCAUUCAUCCCAACUCCAAGUCAUUCCUAUCGUUGGAAUGGGCGGAAUUGGCAAGACCACUUUGGCCAGAGCUGCCUUUGAUGAUCCGCUAUCUGUGUAUCAUUUUGAUCGUCGUGCUUGGGUGGUUGUGUCUCAAGAUUAUCAUGAGAAGGUACUUCUUCUAAGCAUCUUAAAAUCCAUGGGUGUCUGCACCGAUAAAUUGCAAGGACAGGGAGUGGGAUUCUUAAAGGAGCUUAUAUACAAACAAUUAAUAGGUCGGAGAUACCUCAUUGUAAUAGAUGAUGUAUGGAAUACUAAAGUUUGGGAUGAUAUAAAGCAUGCAUUCCCGAAUGCCUCUGAUGGAAGUCGCAUCUUGUUGACCACCAGGUUGUUAGAUGUGGCACAUUAUGUCCGCAACUCCGGCUUUCUUCAUGAGAUGGAGUUGCUAGAUGUUGAUGCAAGUUGGGAUUUACUUCGAAAGGAGGUGUUCUCACAAAAAAAUUGCCCUCAAGAAUUUGAAGAUAUCGGAAAGUUAAUAGCUACUAAAUGUCGAGGGCUUCCACUUGCAAUCGUUGUAGUUGCGGGUAUUCUCUCAAACAUCAAGACACCAAAACAAUGGGAAAACAUUUCUAGGAAUGUGGGUUCUUUGUUGAGUAAAUCGGGCGAUGAACACUUGUCCAAUAUUCUAUCUUUGAGCUACAAUCACUUGCCUCAUUUGCUCAAAGCUUGUUUUCUAUACCUGGGAAGUUUUCCCGAAGAUUAUGAAAUCAACGUGCGUAGGCUCACGAGGUUGUGGGUUGCGGAGGGGUUCUUGAAAUCGGAUGAAAUGCUCAAAACCUCAGAGGAACUUGCUGAGGAAUGUCUGGAGGAUCUAGUGAAAAGAAAUCUUGUUCUUAUUGUAAUGAAGAGAGCGAAUGGACGAUUCAAGAAGUGCAUGAUGCAUGAUGUUUUGAGAGAUUUCUGUCGACAAAGAGCUGUUCAUGAAGGUUUCUUCCAUGGUUUAUAUUGGCAUCGGUGUCUCGAGAACUGGAAGCACAUCAGGAAGUCAGAAAGUAGCACGGAAGAAUCAUCCGAUGAUUAUUCGGAGCCUUGGGUAAAAGAUGGUGCUCGUAAACACGUUCGAACACUUCUAUGGUUUAAGACAGGGCCAUAUUGUAGAGACGCUUUCUUAAAACUUCUUGGCUUAAGGUUGAUGAGGAUUUUGGAUGUUUCCAAUACACCCCUUUAUUUUGCGCCGCCAACUUUCUCGCGAAUGUUUCAUGUCAAGUACGUCUCUCUUGUCCUAGGCGAAACACCGAAACCACCACUCCUUUGUCCGAAUAUUUUCAAGCUGGAUAGUCUCAAGAAUCUCCAAACCUUGAAGCUCUAUUCUCUUUAUGGUAAUCACGAAAGCUCAAUCCGAUUGCCAUCUGAGUUCUGGCAAAUGGUGCGACUACGGCAUCUUUUAAUUUAUCACGGCAUUACAUUGCCACCGGUUCCGGAGGACAGAGACAUGCCAGCGCUAGAAGAUCUGCAAUCACUUGAGACAGUAAACGAUUUCGAAUUCACCAACAGGGCUGUAGAAAUGAUUCCCAACCUCAGAAAAUUGAAAAUGUCAAUCUCUUACAAGUAUAACCGUGAUGUCUGGGAACAGGAGUAUGGCCUCAGCAGUCUACUUGAUUUUCGCCGACUUGAUGAGCUUAAUAUCAGGUUUAAUAAUGGGUUCCAUUUUUUUGAUACUUCAUUGGGGAGCAACUUUGCAUUUCCGAAGAAUCUUAAUAAGUUAUCGCUGCAUAAUUGCCGACUGCCGUGGAAUGAAAUGACAUUAAUCGGAUCUCUUCCGAGUCUGCAAGUGCUGAGGCUAAAAGAUAAAUCAUUUGUGGGAGAAGUGUGGGAGACCAUUGAAGGGGAGUUUCUGCAGCUCAAGUUCUUGCAGAUGAGGGACUUAAAUCUGAAGCAUUGGAGAGCUGACGAUACACACUUUCCACGCCUUCAAUGCCUCAAAAUCGAAAGUUGUGUCUAUUUGAAAGAGAUCCCCAUGGAAAUAGGGAAUAUUGCAUCUCUUGAAACCAUUGACAUACAUGUAGACAGCCACGGCGCAAGAGAUUCUGCGAGGCUUAUUGUUGAAGAACAACGGGGCUUGGGAAAUGAUGUGCUUCGACUAAUAGUCUACCAUUAUUUAGAAUCCGAAUCGGAUUCGGAUUCGGAUUCGGAUUCGGAUUCGGAUUGACGCGAACCUUAGAGUAAGUUUGUUUGCUUUGCAUGGCUUUUCUUAUUUUUAUGUGAUAUAUAAAAUAGGCUAAAUUGUA